GGAUCCGGAUCAGCAGCGCCGGGGGCCGCCGCGACACACUCGCCGGAGGAGCGCGGCCUUCGCGACCCCGCCCGGCCCGCGGGGCUGGGACCCGGCCCCGGCUGCCGAGGGGGGCGCGCCCCCGGGCGAUGCGGCUCGCCCGCCCCGCCGCGCCCCGCCCCGCGCCCCCGGCCGCCGCCCCGCCGCCCUGCGCCUGCGCGCCCGGCCCGCCGCCCCCUCGGCCCGCCCCCCGCGGCCCGCGCGCGCCAUGGAGCCCGGCCGCGGCGGCACGGAGAUCGUGGGCAAGUUCGAGUUCUCACGCAAGGACCUGAUCGGGCACGGCGCCUUCGCUGUGGUCUUCAAGGGGCGCCACCGCGAGAAGCAUGAUCUGGAGGUCGCAGUCAAGUGCAUUAAUAAGAAGAAUCUUGCCAAGUCCCAGACGCUGCUGGGGAAGGAGAUCAAGAUCCUGAAGGAGCUGAAACACGAAAACAUCGUGGCGUUGUAUGACUUCCAGGAAAUGGCCAAUUCCGUGUACCUGGUCAUGGAGUAUUGCAACGGCGGGGACCUGGCUGACUACCUGCACACCAUGCGCACGCUGAGCGAGGACACCAUCAGGCUCUUCCUGCAGCAGAUCGCCGGCGCCAUGCGGCUGCUGCACAGCAAGGGCAUCAUCCACCGCGACCUGAAGCCCCAGAACAUCCUGCUGUCCAACCCCGGCGGGCGCCGCGCCAACCCCAACAACAUCCGCGUCAAGAUCGCCGACUUCGGGUUCGCGCGGUACCUGCAGAGCAACAUGAUGGCGGCCACGCUCUGCGGCUCCCCCAUGUACAUGGCUCCUGAGGUGAUCAUGUCCCAGCACUACGACGGGAAGGCCGACCUGUGGAGCAUCGGCACCAUCGUCUACCAGUGCCUGACGGGGAAGGCGCCCUUCCAGGCCAGCAGCCCCCAGGACCUCCGCCUGUUCUACGAGAAGAACAAGACGCUGAUCCCCACCAUCCCACGGGAGACCUCGGCCCCCCUGAGGCAGCUGCUCCUGGCCCUGCUCCAGCGCAACCACAAAGACCGCAUGGACUUCGAUGAGUUUUUCCACCACCCGUUCCUGGAGGCCAGCCCCUCCGUCAAGAAGUCCCCGCCAGUGCCCGUGCCCUCCCGCCCCGGCUCGGGCUCGGGCAGCAGCUCCAGCAGCAGCUCCACGUCCCACCUGGCCUCCCCGCCGUCCCUGGGGGAGAUGCAGCAGCUGCAGAAGACGCUGACCUCCCCUGCCGACGCCGCUGGCUUCCUGCACGGCUCCCGGGACUCAGGCGGCAGCAAGGACUCCUCCUGCGACACGGACGACUUCGUCAUGGUCCCGGCCCAGUUUCCAGGUGACCUGGUGGCCGAGGUGGCUGGUGCCAAGCCCCCGCCGGACAGCCUCAUGUGCAGCGGGAGCUCCCUGGUGGCCUCUGCUGGCCUGGAGAGCCGCGGCCGGACCCCGUCCCCGUCCCCACCCUGCAGCAGCUCCCCCAGCCCCUCAGGCCGGGCCGGCCCGUUCUCCAGCAGCAGGUGCGGCGCCUCCGUGCCCAUCCCGGUGCCCACGCAGGUGCAGAACUACCAGCGCAUAGAGCAUAACCUGCAGUCGCCCGCCCAGCACCAGACACCCCGGUCCUCGGCCAUCCGCAGGUCGGGCAGUGCCAGCCCCCUGGGCUUCACCCGGGCCAGCCCAUCGCCCCCAGCCGCCAUGGAGCACGGAGCCGUCCUGGCCAGGAAGCCGUCCCUGGGCGGGGGCCGGCCAUACACGCCGUCCCCGCAAGUCGGGACCAUCCCCGAGCGGCCGGGCUGGAGCAGGGCGCCCUCCCCGCACGGAGCCGAGGUGCGGCCCGGCAGGUCCCCCCGUGCAGGCUCCUCGGCGCCCGAGCACUCUCCACGAUCCUCCGGCCUGGGCUGCCGCCUGCACAGCGCCCCCAACCUGUCCGACCUGCACGUCGUGCGCCCCAGGCUGCCCAAGCCCCCCACGGACCCGCUGGGCGCUGUGCUCAGCCCCCCGCAGGCCAGCCCUCCCCAGCCGACCCAUGGGCUGCCGUCCUGCCGGCCCCUGCGCGGCUCACCCAAGCUGCCUGACUUCUUGCAACGCAGCCCGCUGCCGCCCAUCCUGGGCUCCCCGACCAAGGCUGUGCCCGUGGUCGACUUCCCCAAGAACCCCAGCUCCCAGAGUCUGCUGACCCUCCUGGCCCGGCAGGGCGUGGUGGUGACGCCCCCCCGGAACCGGACGCUGCCCGACCUCUCGGACGUGGGGCCCUUCCAGGGCCAGCAGCUGGGCCCCGGCCUGCGCCCCGGCGAGGACGCCAAGGGCCCCUUUGGCCGGUCCUUCAGCACCAGCCGCCUCACGGACCUGCUCCUGAAGGCCGCGUUUGGGACGCAGGCGCCGGACUCGGGCAGCACAGACAGCCUGCAGGAGAAGCCCAUGGAGAUCGCGCCCUCUGCUGGCUUCGGAGGGAGCCUGCACCCGGGAGCCCGUGCAGGGGGCGCCAGCAGCCCCUCCCCGGUGGUCUUCACCGUGGGCUCUCCCCCCAGCGGGACCACUCCGCCCCAGGGCCCCCGCGCCAGGAUGUUCUCAGUGGGCUCCUCGGGCUCCUCCUCCGCCCGCCACCUGGUGCCCGGCGCCUGCGGCGAGGCCGUUCCCGAGCUCCCCGGCCACUGCUGCACCUUCGCCGACCCCAUUGCUGCCAACCUGGAGGGGGCCGUGACCUUCGAGGCCCCCGACCUCCCGGAGGAGACCCUCAUGGAGCAAGAGCACACGGAGACCCUGCACAGCCUGCGCUGCACGCUCCUGUUCGCGCAGCACGUCCUGGAGAUCGCGGCCCUGAAGGGCAGCGCCGGCGAGGCGGGCGGCGGCCCCGAGUUCCAGCUCCAGGAGAGCGUGGUGGCCGACCAGAUCAGCCUGCUGAGCCGCGAGUGGGGCUUCGCGGAGCAGCUGGUGCUGUACCUGAAGGUGGCCGAGCUGCUGUCCUCGGGCCUGCAGACAGCCAUCGACCAGAUCCGGGCCGGCAAGCUCUGCCUGUCGUCCACCGUGAAGCAGGUGGUGCGCAGGCUGAACGAGCUGUACAAGGCCAGCGUGGUGUCCUGCCAGGGCCUGAGCCUGCGGCUGCAGCGCUUCUUCCUGGACAAGCAGCGGCUGCUGGACCGCGUCCACAGCAUCACCGCCGAGAAGCUCAUCUUCAGCCACGCCGUGCAGAUGGUGCAGUCGGCCGCGCUGGACGAGAUGUUCCAGCACCGUGAGGGCUGUGUGCCGCGCUACCACAAGGCCCUGCUGCUCCUGGAGGGGCUGCAGCACAUGCUCUCGGACCAGGCGGACAUCGAGAACGUGGCCAAGUGCAAACUGUGCAUCGAGCGCAGACUCUCCGCCCUGCUGACCGGCAUCUGUGCCUGACCUGGGGGUGGCCUGCUGCGCCCAGGGGCUGGACGUGCUCUGGACGUGCUCUGCCAAGCCCUGCAGGCGGGUCGGCAUGAUGGCCGGCGCUGAGCCUCCCUGCAGGACGCUGUGUGGAGCCACAGCUUGUGUGGCUCCUGCCCCCUGGGCGGGCGGGGUCGGCUGCCCCCACACGCGGGGGUCUCAGAACUUCUCCGCUCCCGCUGCCUCACGCCGGCACCGGUGCCAAGAGGUGGCAGGUGUGCCUGGGCGCCCACCACCUCGGGAGACCCCAGGGCCGCCCCCAAGGACAGGCAAGGCCCCGAGACAGCGUCGCCGACUCAAAGCCAAAGCAAGCUUUCCUCCUGGCCAGACCUGUGCGGUCGCCGCCAGGAAGAGGCCAGCCUCCCGGCCCCAGGAACCUCUCCGAGACCACCCACCCAGCUUUGCAAAUCACGAGCACUUUACGCACUCAGACUCGAGCCUCGGCUUCCUCUGCGGCCGCUGGGAGGCGGCUCCUCGUGGCUGUCCCGAGGUGACUGUGCAUAUCCACAUACAUGUACACAGCUGUAGAUAGCCCCGAGCGUGUGUGGCGUGUGCGAGUGGUGCGCUGGGCGUGUCCAGCGCGUGUGUGGACCCUGGGAGGAGAGUGGGCUCCGCGUGUGUGGGGCCACUGCCCGCAGGGGAGACUUGGUCCCCGGCUCGGAUGUUCUUUUAGGGGCAGACGGCGGGAGCACGGCGCUUCUAAACCUGGAGCAGACGCCGUCAUCUUUCACACUUUACUCCUGAAACGUGUCUUAUUUUCAUGCAGCUCAUUUUUUCUUUCAAGGAGGAAACUCGUAGGAAUUUCAGAAGUGGUUUGGAGGCAGGUGGUGCUGGGGUGGGCCGUGAGGCCGCUCUCCAGGCUGCUGCUGCGUGCGCCUGGCUCUGUCCCCCGCUGUCCCGCCCCGUUUUGGCAGCCAGGUGGGCGUGUGCCCAGCAGCUGUCCCGCCUGGGCACAGGCCGGCAAGGACAGGCACACGCGGGAGGAAAGUCACACGUGUAGCCCCAGCCAGCAUCCCAGGCAGGGGGCGUGGGGGCUCCUCUUUCCUGCAGGUGGGGCUGCUGUGGUCCCGUCCCUCCCAGCUGCGUCCCAGCAGCCACCACAGGUCGGGAGAGGCCUCCCGGCCUGCCCACGCCCACUUGAAUGUAUCCCCAGGGACUGCGGGAGGCCGAGCUGGGUCCCGUGCCCAGGGCGAGGGGCUCAUAGGUCACAUGCCACAUACACAGGCGGGACACACACGUGUUUUUCUUUGCAAUACUUGAAAUAUUGCCACUGUGCUUGGACUUAAGAAAAUUACCCCAACUUGUUUCUUUUCUUAUCACUUGAUGACUUCAUUUCUACCUGGCUGCACGUGACGUGUUGGUAUUUAUUACUUUAUGGCGACUGGAAUCUGGAGCCGCUGGGGAGGCUGGUGCUGCAUGAGGGCCGCACCACUUCCCGCGCCCUUGUUGCGUCUGUCGCGGCCAUGUGCGCCCCGCGUGUGCCCCACGUGUGCGUGAGUCCGGAGCCUCCUGGUUGUAUGUUCUCCAUGAGAGACCCUUUGUCUAUUUUAAAACGAAUUCUGUGUGAUCUCCCCCUUUUGCGUUAUUGUGUAAUAUCAACUUAAGGAAAUAAACCUUUGGAAUUACGGA